AGGGAGUUCGGAUCCCUGCAGGGCCCAGGCGGCAGGGGAGGCGGGCCUUGUGCAGCGGCUUGGCCUCCCUCCUUCUCGCACCUGCUCCCCUGCCUGCUCGGAGGCCGAAGUUCAGCCGGCUGGAGGACGUGGAGCCUCAUGGGCGGGCGGGUGGCUGCCUCUCUCCCCCCUCCUCCCCCUGCAGGUCGGCCAGAGAAGAUGAUCCUGCGCAAGCAGCUGGAGGCCCUCAGCGUCCUGCAGUGGGUACUCACCUUCCUCUUCUUCGGCCUCUUCUUCUCCCUGCUUCUCAUCUACCUGCUCUUCACCUCCUUCUGGUCCCUGAGCGUCCUCUACUUCGCCUGGUGGAUUGUGGACUGGGAGACCCCCACUCAAGGAGGCCGUCGCAGCGAGUGGUUCAGGUGCUGGAAGCUCUGGGAGCUGCACAGGGACUAUUUCCCCAUCAAGCUAGUGAAGACGGCCGAGCUGCCCCCCACCAGGAAUUACGUCCUGGGCUCCCACCCCCAUGGCAUCAUCUGUGCGGGGGCCUUUUCUGCCUUCGCCACGGAGGCGUGUGGCUUCUCCCAGGUCUUUCCCGGCCUCAGCUCCAGCCUGGCCCUCCUCGCCGGCCUCUUCUACCUGCCCGUCUAUCGCGAGUACAUGAUGAGCGCAGGGAUGGUGCCAGUCAGCAAGAAGUCCCUGGACUUCCUGCUCCAAGCGGGGCCGGGACACGCAGUGGUCAUCGUGGUGGGAGGCGCCACAGAGUCCCUGGACUGUAACCCGGGCGAGCAGCGGGUGCAUCUCUCGGGCAGGCGAGGCUUCGUGCGGCUUGCACUGCAGCACGGGGCAGACCUCGUCCCCGUUUUCUCCUUCGGAGAGAAUGACAUUUUCCGGCAGGUGCAGUUCCCCGAGGGCAGCCGCCUCCGCCGUCUCCAGCUUCGCUUCAAGCAGCUGGUCGGCUUCGCUCCCUGCCUUUUCGUGGGGCGCAGCCUCUUUUUCAGCCGCUGCUGGGGGCUCCUGCCCCAGCCCUCCCCCAUCACGGUUGUGGUGGGGAAGCCGAUCCACGUCCCUUUGCGUCCACACCCUAAACCGCAAGAGGUGGACCACUACCACGGCCUCUACAUCCAGGCACUGCAGCAACUCUUCGAGGAGCACAAGGGCACCUGUGGCCUCCACCCCUCGCAGCAGCUCUUCAUCACUUAGGGACCCCCUCCCCAGCCAGGGAGCCAGAGGCCCCUCCCUGCUCAGGCGGGGAUCCCCUCUUCGGCCCCCCAGUCCCAAUAAAGAGUUUUACAU